AGUACUGUCAUUAAUUAUUAUAUUGUCAUUUCUGGGGGGGAAUGGUUUUCUAUUCAAAAUCUCUUUAAAUAGUUUUUUAAAUUUUGAUAAAUAUUCGCCCAAGCUGAUAAUAAUUGAAUGUUGUAAUAUCCCAGUAAAUAUAAACAUAAUACUUUGCACUCUGAUCAAAGCAUUUACUGUAACCAGCUUAUACGAUACACAAGAAAUGGCUUCUUCUUUGAUUAGGAAAGUUAUUUCAACUGCUAAAGCACCUAGGCCAGCCAAAGGAUCCCCAUACAAUCAAGCUGUGUCCUUUAAUAACACUGUUUUUUUGUCUGGAGUUUUGGGAGUGGAUGAACACUUGAAAUUAGUGGCUGGAGGGGUCGGAGCUGAAGCCAAAAAAGCCCUAGAAUCGAUAGGAUGUAUCUUGGAAGCUGCUGGUUCAUCCUACGAGCAAGUGAUCAAAUGCAACAUAAUGCUCAACGAUAUUAACGAUUUUGCCUGUGUCAACGAUGUCUACAAAGAAUUUUUUCUUAAGAAUUUCCCGGCUAGAUCAACAUAUCAAGUAGGAAAGCUUCCUAUGGGAGCCAGCGUGGAAAUCGAAGUUAUCGCUGCAGUUAUAAACGAACAGUGUAACAAGUAAAAUAAAAAAAGUUUGUAGCAAAGAUAA